CCAACCUGGUGUCGCAUGAAAAACAAGCUGUGUAUUCAGCAGCUACAACCUUGUGAGCAGCGUCACUAUCACCCACUCCGCGAGAGGGGAGCCGACGUCCCGCUGCCUGUGGCGAUGGACAUGGAGCAGGUCAACUCCAUGGACUUCGGAGAGUUUGUGGAUGUGUUUGGGAAUGUCAUUGAGAGAUGCCCUCUGAUUGCAGCUGCUGUUUGGUCUCAGCGCCCAUUCUCUGGCUUGGAAGAUUUAGAAAAGCACUUUUCUGCCUUCAUUGACGCCCUGCCACAGUCAGGCCAGGAGGGCAUCCUGCGCUGCCACCCGGACCUGGCGGGCCGCGAGCUGCAGCGGGGCACGCUGACCGCCGAGUCGCAGCGAGAGCAGAGCAGCGCGGGCCUGACCAGCCUGGGCGCGGAGGAGCGGCUGCAGCUGGCGGAGCUCAACGCCCGGUACCGAGCGCGCUUCGGCUUCCCCUUCGUGCUGGCCGCGCGCCUCCGCGACCGGGACGCCGUGCUCCGCGAGCUGGCGCGCCGGCUGCACCGCCCGCCCGCGCAGGAGCUGCGCACCGCCCUGGGCGAGGUGAAGAAGAUCGGCCGCCUGCGGCUCGCAGACCUCCUCGGCGGGGACCCCGCCCGCCUGUAGCGCCCGGCGCGGGGCGCCCCAGGGGCCGCGACCCUGCAGUGUGCGCCCCACGCAGGAGGCUGGCGCGGCCCGGACCCCAGUCUACACGCACGCACAGAGGAGAGGAGAAUUGAGGCAAUCACACGAAUGAUAAGCCCCUUUGUUCACCCCACCGCCACACGCGCACGCUUUGCCAAAAUAUCUAUAUAGCAUCGCGCUGAGUCCCAUUCAUCUACCUUCGCAGCCCGUUGACACCACCAGCUUUAGUGGUUUCCAAAGCGCUUAUCCAGCUCCGGCCACCCACCCGCUCCUGCUAAGCCGAGUUGUCAAGCAAAACUGACGGGAAAGGAAUCGUUUAUUCCAUAGCGGUUUGUCUGUUUGUUUGUUUUUCUCCCCCUUCACUUGCUGCAGAGACAUUUACAUGUGGGAGGGAGGAAGCGGCAUUCUCACUCUAGGGCGUCUACAGGAGCCGCUGCAGGGACAGCGGGCGCUGAUCUCCGUCUUGGGCCCCAGGGACGGCUCCGUGGGGGGGGGGGGGGGGGGGAAGCAGGAGAGAGCCCCGCGAGGGGCAGCGCUGAGAAGGCGCCCCGUGGGGCGAGCGGAGCGGCGGCUGAAGUGCCCAGAGGAGAGGGGUGGGAGUGGGGCACCUCCAAGCUGGACAGGCCUGGAGGUCAGGGGUGGGAGGCUUGCCAUCUCAAAGGUGGGCUCCUUAGAACUUCAGACUCCGGAGGAGACACGGUCAUUU